GUGAGGGAGCUGUGCCCCCUGGCUAAAAUGGGCAGAGAAUUACCUGGAAUGGAAGGACCAGUAUCUGAGGGGAUGGAGGGGGGACCGAGUGGGCAGCGUGAGCUGCCAUGGACAGGGCCCCUCGAGGCGGAGGCUAGGAGCCAUCUUAAAGAGGCUAAGCCCGGAGCAGGAGUGGGCAUGCGGUUGGGUGGACAGGUUCGGAGAGCUGGAGGUGGGUUCCCUGAGGGCGCAAUUGCUGAGACGGAGCGGUUCAGUGAUGACCAGGCCUGAGUAUUUGGUCUUGAGGGUGGGGACUUGAGCGGAGAUCCCUGCGGGCCACGGCAGGAGCUGAAUGAGAGGGGCAGGGAGGAUACCAUGUGACAGAGACGAGGGGGAGCAGACGGUCUGGCAGGGAGUGAAGGAAGUGUGUGUGGCUCUGUCGAAGAUGCACUGGACACCGGAACACGCCCAGCCCCUCAACCAGUGGCCAGAGCAGCACCUGGACGUCUCCUCCACUACCCCGUCGCCGGCCCACAAGUUGGAGCUGCCCCCUGGGGGUCGCCAGCGCUGCCACUAUGCUUGGGCACACGACGACAUCUCUGCCCUCACAGCCUCCAACCUCCUCAAGCGCUACGCAGAGAAGUACUCAGGGGUCCUGGACUCGCCGUACGAGCGCCCCGCGCUGGGCGGCUACGGCGACGCCGCCUUCCUCAACGGCGCCAAGGGGGACCCCGAGCCCUGGCCAGGGCCCGAGCCACCCUACCCCUUGGCCUCACUCCACGAGGGCCUCCCGGGAACCAAGUCGGGCAGCGGGGGCGGCUCCGGGGGCCUCGGGGGCUCCCCGGUUUUAGCCGGGAACCUGCCUGAACCCCUCUACGCCGGCAAUGCGUGCGGAGGCCCGUCGGCGGCGCCCGAGUACGGGGCGGGCUACGGCGGGGGCUUCCCGGCGGCCGAGGCCGGGGUGUCGCUGAAGCGCAAGGCCGCCGACGAGGGCGCGGAGGGCCGCUACCGCAAGUACGUCUACGAGCCCGCCAAGGCCCCGGCGGCCGACGGCGCCUCCUACGCCGCCACGGACAACGGCGAGUGUCGGGGCAACGGGUUCCGGCCGAAGCCCCCGGGAGCCGCGGAGGAGGCGUCGGGCAAGUACGGUGGCGGCCUCCCCCUCAAGGUCUUGGGCUCCCCCGUCUACGGCCCGCAACUCGAGCCCUUUGAAAAGUUCCCGGAGCGCGCCCCGGCGCCCCGCGGGGGCUUCGCGGUGCCGUCGGGAGAGCCCCCCAAAGGCGUGGACCCGGGGGCCCUGGAACUGGUGACGAGCAAGAUGCUGGACUGCGGGCCCCCGGUGCAGUGGGCAGACGUGGCAGGCCAGGGCGCGCUCAAGGCGGCGCUGGAGGAGGAGCUGGUGUGGCCCCUGCUCAGGCCUCCCGCCUACCCCGGCAGCCCGCGCCCGCCGCGGACCGUGCUGCUCUUCGGACCGCGGGGCGCGGGCAAAGCGCUGCUGGGCCGCUGUCUGGCCACGCAGCUGGGCGCCACGCUGCUGCGCCUGCGCGGAGCGACGACCACCUCGCGGCCCGCGGCUCUGGACGAGGCCACCCGGCGGCGCUUCGCUCUCCGCUUCUACGUGGCGCUGCCCGACGGUCCUGCCCGCGGGCAGAUCCUGCAGCGGGCGCUGGCCCAGCAGGGCUGCGCGCUGAACGAGCGGGAGCUCGCGGCCCUGGUGCAGGGCACCCAGGGCUUCUCCGGGGGCGAGCUGGGGCAGCUGUGCCAGCAGGCAGCGGCCGGGGCGGGCCUUCCGGGGCUGCAGCGGCCCGUCUCCUACAAGGACUUGGAGGCGGCGCUCGCCAAGGUGGGCCCCAGGGCUUCCCCCAAGGACCUGGACUCGUACGUGGAAUGGGACAAAAUGUACGGCUCCGGACACUGACGACGCGCGGGGAGGCCAAGGAGCAGCCGCCCCCUCUCCCCGCCCCUCCGGUCGGGAGGGUUGUCUUUAACCGGGCUGGGAGGGUGCCGGAGUGAUGAAUGUGGGCUGGGGGAGGGGAGGGGAUGCUGGUGGAUUUUUUUUUUCGUGGGAAGGAAAAUGCUUCUGCUAGGCAGAUAGAUGCCAUAUGCGCUGUGUACUCAGGUUUUUCCUAUUUAUUGUGGACGGGAAGCUCGCCAUCUCCGCCCAGCCGACGGGCAGACCCGGGAUGGGCUGGCACCCCGGGGCCUAAGGAACUCCUGCGCCCUCGCCACAAUCCUUUUGUCUCCUCGCUCUCUGAAUGGCUCCCUCCUCCCCCCUCUUUCUCUGCAUUCGCGUAGUUUUCUCUCUCGGUGGUUUUGUCACUGACCUUCUCAUACGCUGGCCCUGUUUCUCUUUUGCUCCUCCCUCCCCUAUCCCUCCAUCUAUCACCCUCUGUGCUUCUGUCUCCCUCCCUUGCUUUCCAGCCUGUUUCUCUUGGUCCCUCUCAUUCAAAAGAAUGCAGUGUCCCUUUGCAGGAGAUCUGGAAGCCCAGGGGCUGAGGAGGAGGGGGUAGGGAGUUCCCUCCCACCCCAUUAUCCCUCACCCAGCUGUAUCCUUGGGUCCUGGGGGGAGGGCAAGCAAAAAAAAAAGAAAAGAAAAAAAAGACCCAAAGAAGGGUUUUUGUUUGUUUUUGAGGGGGAAAUCCCAGAAAUGUAGCUUGUUUAAUAUUUUAGGCCUCUUAUUUUUGUAAGAUGUGUAGAAUUUGCUGUUUUUCGUUUUAUUUUGACAACUCAGGAAGAAACUGACUUCAGAAAGAAUGUUAGACUUUGGCUGCUCUCCUGUGUGUUCCCUGCCCCCGGACCCCUCCCCAGGGAGCAAAUUCUCCCAGGAGACUCAGAAAGUGAAACCUGUGGGGAAGGGCAGAGGAAGACCCAGAGCCACACUGAAACCCCUGCUCUCCCUGGGACAGAAGCGGAAUGUAUUUCUUGGGCUUCCUCCCCAGGUCCAAGGUUGUAGGCAGGGGUGUGGGGGAGUGCGUUGAGGGAUUUGAGAAGAGGUAGGUCCUGCUGCUCUCCCCCUGUACCCCCCCCCAGCUUAGUGUUUUCUGUUUAGUGUUAUCCAGAGGGAUGCCCCUUGCCCCAUUUCCUGCCCCAGAUCCAGAAAGAGAGGGCCCAGAUGGGAAGGUGACCUAGGCAGAAAGUCCCCGGAGAGGUCAUCUCCCCUGGCCCCCUUCACGGGCAGAGGUUUUCUAUAACUUACGUUAGGAGGAUUCCCUUGGGAGAGAAGACAGUGCCGCAAGUCUGGCUGGGCACAAACUGACCACAGACUCCGCUUCCCUGAGUGUCGGGAGGCUCCAAGGAGGAGUGAGCAUCUGUUCAGAAGAACGUUCUGUGGGGAAGUGUGCCUCUCCCAUUAUCCUAGGGUCCUAGGUUGGGAGAUCCAGGGGCUGCAAGAGGGUGGAGGAGAUGGGCAGACUGUUUCUCCCUGAUGUGGGGGGUUUAUUUUCAGUCCCACCCAGACUUUCCAGCAGAAGCCAGGCUUGGGGGCCCGUCUUUGUGAGAACAAUAUUCCUCUCCUUCCCAGCAACUUUCCCUUGAUGGGGCUUCAGUUUGUCUUCCUCCCCCUCAGGGAGCCCAUUUCACGACUCUGACCUUCGCUCCAAAGUCGGGUGCAAGCUCUCACCCUACCUCUUCCUCCCACCCCAGCCCCGCUGUCCCCUGCUCACCCCGUAGCCCCUACAGUCUUCAGUCUUCGUACCAUCUCCCGCUCCCAGCUGGAAGGGUGUCCAUGGGGGACACUUCAGGUGCCAAGGUGCUGAGGGCCUGUGCUGGCCUAGGAGUGCUAACAGGAAAGCUGCUCUGUUUCUCCCAACUUUUCAUCCUUGGUCUCUCGGGCCUCCUGUCCUUGGAGCUGGCUGACUGCAGGGCUUUGGUGCGUCCGAAGCAGUGGGCUGCACUGCUGUGAAGGGCCCUUUGGAGGGGGUAGGGCGUGAGGAGUUUCUCUCAGGUGUGUGUAUGUGUAUGGGGGGGUGGAGGGCAUGGGGAAGUGGGGUUGGGAUCCCAGCCUUCCCUUCAAGAGGCAGGCAGCUGGGGGCUGGGGGAGGAGCUCACUGAGACCCAGGGCCCCCACUGCCUCCUCUACUGGCCUUGGGGAACUUUGCACAAGGAGACAGCCCCCAGUCUACUAGCACCGACCUCAUGGGCUCUGGGGNGG